AUGAUCGACCAGCUCCUGGUUCCUGAGAAGGCAAGCGAGGGUCCCAACCAGGCGAAGAUCCCCGGCUUCUUCCCCAGAAAUGCCUCGGGACGAUUCGUGCUGCCGCCGCUCACGCUGGAUUGGGCAAUGGCACUGGACGUCCAGGAACUUCAGUCCACCGAAAGCUUGAGGGAUGAGCGCAACGCGGCAGCUCGGAGCACGCUUUUCAUGCCCAAAUUAUCCCACCACCAAGCAUGCCGUCUCGGUUACAUUGGCUUCACCCGGGCUGAGCAUCGUCGCAGACACCAACAGCUGCGGUCUCCCUCCUAA